GGCAGUCCCAGCGCGCCUGCGCGGAGCGACCCUACGCGCAGUGAGGCUGUAGCGGGGGAAGGCACCGGUGGGGCCGACGGGCGGGCUGAAGAAGGGAAGCAGGCGAGCGAAGUCCCAGUGCGCGCCGCGGCGGCCCGGGUACCCUCCCCUUCCGGGCGUGAGGCGCUGCGAGGAGAGCUGAACCGAGCGGACUCAACACCGGCAGCGAGGCGCCGCUACCGUCGCCCCAGUCCGGCCUCCCUCGGCCUCGGCGUUCCCGUCGUGGGGGCCCGGUUUCCUCAGCACAUUCAGCUCCAGCAGCCUGCAGAGCCUGUCCCCAGCCCUUCGAAAGCCCCGGCGCCAGCCCGGGCCCUUGGCGGGGAGGAUGACGGAGCUGCAGUCGGCACUGCUACUGCGAAGACAGCUGGCAGAACUCAACAAAAAUCCAGUGGAAGGCUUUUCAGCAGGUUUAAUAGAUGACAAUGAUCUCUACCGAUGGGAAGUCCUUAUUAUUGGUCCUCCAGACACACUUUAUGAAGGUGGUGUUUUUAAGGCUCAUCUCACUUUCCCAAAAGAUUAUCCCCUCCGGCCUCCUAAAAUGAAAUUCAUUACAGAAAUCUGGCACCCAAAUGUUGAUAAAAAUGGUGAUGUAUGCAUUUCUAUUCUUCAUGAGCCUGGUGAAGAUAAAUAUGGUUAUGAAAAACCAGAGGAGCGCUGGCUCCCCAUUCACACCGUGGAAACCAUCAUGAUUAGUGUUAUUUCUAUGCUGGCAGACCCUAAUGGAGACUCACCUGCUAAUGUUGAUGCUGCGAAAGAAUGGAGGGAAGACAGAAAUGGAGAAUUCAAAAGGAAAGUUGCCCGCUGUGUAAGAAAAAGCCAAGAGACUGCUUUUGAGUGACAUUUAUUCAACAGCUGUAACUUCACUUAUUUCAGGGUCUCCAAUUGAGAAACAUGGCACUGUUUUUCCUGCACUCUACCCACCUAUUGCUGGACUUCUGUUGUAACAAGUUGGCAAACACUGGCUGGAACUGGGCUGCAAUAAAACACGCCAGUAUCAAUGCUGACAAGAGCCUAACAAGUGCCAACUUACAGAUGAUUACGCAUUUUGAAUUCUAAUGAACUGUUUUAACCUUCAGGAAGAAUUGUAAAGACCUGUACAUAGCACAACAUGAUCCGGAUAAUAUAUAUACUGUUCAUGUACAUCCACAAAUACACCUUGUACCAAAUAAUGCUUUCUUGUAGUGGAAUAAGAAUCGUGUACAUUCUAAAAGAUUUUAGCAAGUUUUCUUCCCCUACUCAUUGUUUCUUAUGUUUUAAAAGACUCUUUAAAGCAUGUCAGAUGAAAAGCAAUUAGGAUUAAAAGUUUCCAUUUAAUUUCCUUUAAACCAUUGAGGCUUCAUUAAACUCUUUUCAUUUACUAAAUUUUUGUAUCUUCUUUGUUUUGACACAGUCCCCUCUAUGUUUAUCUUUAUCUCUUCUAUCUGCCAGAAAGUUUUCAAAUCACUUAGUUCAAAUACUGAAAUACUUAAUAAGCAGCUACUUGAUUUUUAAUGAUGACUUCAGAGGAGUGGUCAUCACUAGGUGCUCUGUCCUUUUUGUAUUCCAGUUGCACCCAUCACUUGGAUUGGAUGUAGCAAUAACAUAUUUUGGCUGUUGAGAGCUCUUGAACUGUCAUUAUUCCCAGGAACUAGAAAGAGUCGGUUCUGAAUUCACAUACUGAAAUUUAUCCUAAAUUAUACAAAAUUCUGAUUUGGUUUUAUUUUUACCCUCCAGUUACCUAAUGUUAAGGUUCAAUGAAUAAAGCAUGCACAGCUACAGGCUUUGUACUUCUGGGUUUGCUAUUAAAAAUGCUAUUUUGCCUCAUACCCUUCUUCUCAGCCCUUCAUAUUUCUUUGCCUCUAUUCUUCUAUACUGCAGAUUUUUCUCACUUAUUGUACAAAGAAAUUGCGAUGUAUAUUUUCAUGUAAUUUGAUUUUGGAAUUCUGUCACCUUAUGUAGUGAGUUCUUCCAAAAUAUAAUUUUUUUCCAAUAA